GGUGAGGAGGGUCAAGGAAUGUUCCAGGGAAUCAUUUAUGGAAUUAUCCCUGCUGGAUUUUGGGAUAUCUCGACCCCUCUCCCAUUCCCUUUGUUCCAAAAAAUUCCCUCCAGGAAUGUUGAGAUGGGAAAAAAAGGGAAAAUCCCGGAUUUUUGGCCUGACCCCCAAUCCCUUUCCCAGCCCCGAUCCCACUGCUCCCUAGGGAUCAGGAAAAUCGGGAAAAGCGCCCUGGGAUGAUCCCAUGACCUGACCCCUUCCACCCGCCCUCAUUCCCGCUGUUUUCCAAGAUUUGGGUUGGGAAAAAUGAACUUUCCACCCCCUAAAACCUCAAGCCGAAGUGAAUUAUCCAAGGAAAUCAUGGAAUUCCAUGCCUUGUUGGAAUUCUCCGGAGCUUCCCAGGGCCGGGAAGGCCCGAAUUCCUCGGAAUGCUGCGGGAAACGGGGAGUGGGAUGCGUGGAAUUUUUCCAGCUCCAGGUUUUCCAGCCGGAAGAUGGCAGCAGGCACCCGCAGCAUUCCCGGCAGUGGGAACAGCUCCAUCCCAACCCUCUGGAAGCGGCUCCAACUUCUCCCGCUCCCAAAUCCCGGCCGGAUCCUCCGGAGCUCAUCCCUGCUCCAACCUUUCCCUUGGAAAAAGGAAGGGAUGCUCCGCUCCUAACGCCCCGGGUGCCCUGAGGAUGACCGCCAUUCCCGACCCCUUGGGACGCCCCCGGAGCAGCUCCUCCCGCAGCCUUUCCGGGACUCUGGAGGCCAUGGGGACACCAGAUGUGGAUCACCGGGAUCCUUGGGAACACCGGGAUCCCUGGGUUCACCAGGAUCAGGAGGAGAUGCGCAUCCUCAAGGUUUGCUUCUACAGCAACAGCUUCAACCUGGGCAAGAACUUCAAGCUGGUCAAGUGCUCCGUGGCCACGGAGAUCCGGGAGGUGAUCCGCUCCAUCCUGCUGAGCGGGCGGAUCGGGCCGGACAUCCGGCUGGCCGAGUGCUACGGCCUGCGCCUCAAGCACGUCAAAUCCGACGAGAUCCACUGGCUCCAUCCCCUCCUCACCGUCGGGGAAGUCCAGGAGAAAUACGAGUGCCUCCACCUGGAAGCUGAGUGGAGGUACGACCUCCAGAUCCGGUACCUGCCGGAGGAUUUCAUAGAGCGCUUCCAGGAGGACAGGACCACGCUGCUGUACUUCUACCAGCAGCUCCGCAGUGAGUACAUGCAGAACUUCGCCAACAAGGUCAGCGAGGGCAUGGCCCUGCAGCUCGGCUGUCUGGAGCUCAGGAGGUUCUACAAGGACCUGCCCCAGAACGCACUGGAAAAGAAAUCCAACUUCGAGUUCCUAGAGAAGGAGGUGGGGCUGGAUCUGUUCUUCCCCAGUCAGAUGCUGGAGAACGUCAAGCCGAAGCCGCUGCGCAAGAUGAUCCAGCAGACGUUCCAGCAGUACGCGCUGCUGCGGGAGGAGGAGUGCGUCCUCAAAUUCCUGCACACCCUCGCCACCUUCGCCCCCAUCGACCAGGAGAGCUUCCGCUGCCAGCUCGUCCAAGGGUGGAACAUCACCGUGGAUCUGGUCAUCGGCCCCAAGGGCAUCCGCCAGCUCACCAGCAAGGAUGCCAAGCCCACGUGCCUGGCGGAGUUCCGGGACAUCAAGUCCAUGCGGUGCUCAGCGUCGGAGGACGGGCAGGCCCUGCUGCACCUGGGGCUCAGCGGGAACCCACAGGCCCUGGCCAUCAAGACGGCGUCGCUGGCCGAGGCGGAAAACAUGGCUGACCUCAUCGACGGCUACUACCGGCUCCAGGGGAGCUCGGAGACGUCGCUCGUGGUGUUCCCGAGGAAAGACCGGGAGAAGAGGAUCAGCCUCCCGCAGAUCCCGGCCCCGAAUCUCGGGGAGAGGAAUUCCACGCUGUCCCACAGCGUCAGCGGGGAUUCCGAAAUCUAUGCUGAAAUCCUGGAUGAAUCCUCGCGGCCGAGAUCUGGAAUCCAGCACUACGGAAUCUGCCGGGACGACAUCACGCUGGGCCGGAUCCUCGGGGAAGGAUUCUUCGGAGAGGUCUACGAGGGAAUUUACACCACCCCCAAAGGAGAGCGGAUCAACGUGGCCGUGAAGACCUGCAAGAAGGACUGCAGCCCGGAAAACCGGGAAAAAUUCCUGAGAGAAGCCGUGCUGAUGAAGAAGCUGGAUCACCCCCACAUCGUGAAGCUGAUCGGCAUCGCCGAGGAGGAACCCACCUGGAUCAUCAUGGAGCUCUAUCCCUAUGGAGAGCUGGGGCAGUACCUGGAGCAGAACCGGCUGGUCCUGGCCGUGCCCACCCUGGUGCUGUACGCGCUGCAGGUCAGCAAGGCCCUGGCCUACCUGGAGGCCAUCAACUGCGUCCACAGGGACAUCGCCGUCAGGAACAUCCUGGUGGCCUCUCCGGAAUGCGUCAAACUGGGAGACUUCGGCCUCUCCCGCUACAUCGAGGAUGAGGAGUACUACAAAGCUUCCAUCACCCGCCUUCCCAUCAAGUGGAUGUCACCGGAAUCCAUCAACUUCCGGCGCUUCACCACGGCCAGCGAUGUCUGGAUGUUCGCCGUGUGCAUGUGGGAGAUCCUGAGCUAUGGGAAGCAGCCGUUCUUCUGGCUGGAAAACAAGGAUGUGAUCGGAGUCCUGGAAAAGGGGGAUCGGCUCCCCAAGCCCGACCUGUGCCCGCCCGUGCUCUACACCCUGAUGACGCGCUGCUGGGAUUACGAUCCCGCGGAAAGGCCCAAAUUCCAGGAGCUGGUCUGCAGCCUGAGUGACAUUUACCUGAUGGAGAAGGAGCUGGCCAAGGAGCAGGAGAGGAACAACCGGCACCGGCCUCCCAAAAUCCUGGAGCCGCCGGCAUUCCAGGAGCCACCUCCGAAGCCCAGCAGGCCCAUGUACAAGCCGCCAUCCCAGAAUAACCUCCUGGCUCCCAAGCUGCAAUUCCAGGUUCCGGAGGGGCUCUGUGCCAGCUCUCCCACCCUCGCCAGCCCCACUGAAUACCAGAUCCCGGCGCAUUCCCGGCGCACUCCGCCUCCCAGCCGCCACAACGUCUUCAAGCGCCACAGCAUGAGGGAGGAGGAUUUCCAGCGGCCCCGGAGCCGGGAGGAGGCGCAGCAGCUGCUGGAGCUGGAGCGGCUCCGCGUGGAGCAGGCCAUGGAGCGCCAGCAGAAGGAGAUGCUGGAGGACGAUCGCUGGCUGCGCCAGGAGGUGCAGAGCCUGGAUCCCAAGGUUUUCCUGAACAACAACUUCCCUCCGCAGCUCCCGGAGAAGGAGACGGAUUACACGCAAUUCACGGGGCCGCCCCAGAAGCCUCCGAGACUCGCGGCUCAGCCCAUCCAGCCGGCCCCCACGGCCAACCUGGACCGCACGGAUGAUCCAGUGUACGGGAAUGUCAUGGAUCUGGUGCGGGCUGUGCUGCAGCUGAAGAACGAGAUCAGCCAGGUGCCUCCCGACGAAUACAUCCUGGUGGUCAAGAACAUCGGCCUUUCCCUACGGAAGCUCAUCGGGAGCGUCGACGAGAUCCUCCCCAACCUUCCGUCCUCUUCCCGCACCGAGAUUGAGGGCACCCAGAAGCUGCUCAACAAAGACUUGGCCAACCUCAUCGGCAAGAUGCGCCUGGCGCAGCAGAACUCCGGCACUUCCCUGAGCUCGGAAUUCCAGCGGCAGAUGCUGACGGCUUCCCACGCUCUGGCCGUGGAUGCCAAGAACCUCCUGGACGCCGUGGACCAGGCCAAGCUCCAGGCCAACCUGGCCAAGCCGUGCUCGGAAUGAGGGAAGGGAUUCCGGAAGCGAUCCGGGAGGAGCCGGCUUCUCGUGGUUUUAUUUUUUCCCCCCCUUCCCGCUCUCCCCUCUUCCCGCUCCUCGUGUCUCUGCGCUGCUCUUCGGAAGAUGGGAAGAAUCCGAUGGGGAUUUCCCUGGAAAAGGAGGGUUGGGGUGGGAUGGUGGAAGAUCCCUCCGGCUCGGUGGCUUCCCGGCUGGGAAUGCUGGCGCAUCCAUGGAUCCGUGGAGCACGGAUGGCCGCGGGCGGCACAGCAGGACAAGGACCUGGAGCGUGCCGGGAGCCGAGGGCAUGGAUUUAUUUUUUGGGGAGGUGAGGGGAGCUGGAAUUCCCGUGGGAAUGGUGUCCAGAGGGAACCGUCAGCAUUUUUUUUUUUUCUUGCACAUUGUACAGAAGAGUUUAUUUAACGAUGGCGAGCGGGAGCUGCUUCCGGAGCCUACGGAAUACGGGAAGGGAUGGAUCCCCCCACAGAUCGCGGCCUUGUGGUGGGGGACACAAACCUGGAGAAUUUCUUCCAGCUGUGGUUUUUUUCCCAAGUUUUGUGUAAAUGCCGCCAGCAAAAAUCGUGGCUCCAUCGGGUUUGUGCUUCCGGUUGGGAACCAGGCGGUUUCGGGCUUUUCCCCUGCGUUUUUCCCGCAGUUUUCCCAGUUUAUUCCAGCUGAGAUAAACCGUGCGCCAAAUCCUGCUGUGGAAUUUCCUUCCUGUCAUUCCCCCCCGUUGGCAAAUUCCCUGGAAUUUCCUUGGGAAAAGGAAUGGUUGGGAUGGUCGGAGAUUUCUCUGGAUGGUGGGAAUGGAGUCCUUGCCCAUGGAAUGGGAUGAACAUUCCCGCCCCAAGUGGGGCUUCCCCAAAAAUGGAUGGAAGGGUCAAGGUCCAGGCAUUUGGGGUCACCCCAGAGCUUGGGGUGGUGGACCCUCAUUCCAGGGAUUUGGAGGGGCUGGAGCAUGUCCAGGGAAGGGAAGGGGCUGGAGCAGCUGGGAAAACUCAGCCUGGCAAAAAAAAAAGGAGGAUCCUGCAGGAACUUCUCCCUCUGGAAUUCCCUUCCAGGAGGGUGGGAUCGGGAUCUGCUCCCAGGGAA